UCUGGAACAGACCAAUCUAUUGUGGGGAAAAAAUCAGAAUAGUAGUUGCCUUUGGAAGGUGGUAGAGGAGUAGGGAUUGACUAGGAAAGAGUGCUGGCCAAUUUUCUGGGGUUUUAGAAAUGUUCUGUAUCAUGACAGGAGUCCAGGUUACACAGGUGUGUGCAUUUGUCAAAACUCAGUGAAUGUGUACUUUGGAUUUGUUCGUUUCACUGUAUGUGAAUUUUACAUCAAAAGAAAAAUGCAAUCAAAUACUGAACUCUAAUUUUAUGCAUGCUGAACUACGUAAAAUGUACCACUGUCUACAAUUUAAAGUGCACCAAAACACAAGAUGGACUGAUGGAUGUAUAGACAAAUAUAUGGUAAAGUACAAAUACAGUUAAACAUAAAUGGUAGAAUCUAGGUUUCUAGGUGAUAGGAAACAGGUUCAUUAUAACAGGGGCUCAUUCUUUCAAUUUUGCUGUAUGUUUGAACAUCUUCAUAAUAAAAGAACCAGUUAUCUGGGGGUUUUGCAGCAAAUGGAGACACUAGAAGCUAAGAGGGGCACGAGGUUCCUCUUACCUUGGGAAAUGCAAAUUAAAACCACAAUGGUUUUCCCAAAAGUAAUUGACCUUUUUCAGUCAAUGUUUCCUCAACUAUUAAAUGGGUAAAAGGGCAGUGGCGGAGCUUCAUAUUAUUAAGCAUGUCCUGGUGGGUGGAAACGCCUUUAACUGGGUGCGGCUUCAAGCUGGUUACUCGCCCUGCCUACUCCCUCUCAUGUCCUCGCGGUGCCCCUUUAGACCCACCAGCUCGAAGACAAUCUUCGCGACCUGCGCAGGCGGUCGCUCUGAUAACCGCAUCCCGGUUUCCGGGACGGUACCGGAAGUUACUUCCCAUACGCCUUUCCUAUUGGAUGCCGGCCUUUCAUGGGGCCUAGCGCCGCUGGGUAGGCGGAAGUAGCCGCAGGCAUGGCGGCGGCCAUGCCGCUUGCUCUGUUUGUCCUGCUGCUUCUCGGGCCCAGCGGCUGGUGCCUUGCAGAUCCCCAGCGCGACAGCCUGCGAGAGGAGCUUGUCAUCACCCCGCUGCCUUCCGGGGAUGUAGCCGCCACAUUCCAGUUCCGCACGCGCUGGGAUUCGGAGCUUCAGCGGGAAGGAGUAUCUCAUUACAGGCUGUUUCCCAAAGCCCUGGGGCAGCUGAUCUCCAAGUAUUCUCUACGGGAGCUGCACCUGUCAUUCACACAAGGCUUUUGGAGGACCCGGUACUGGGGUCCACCCUUCCUGCAGGCCCCAUCAGGUGCAGAGCUCUGGGUCUGGUUCCAAGACACUGUCACUGAUGUGGAUAAAUCUUGGAAGGAGCUCAGUAAUGUCCUCUCAGGGAUCUUCUGCGCCUCUCUCAACUUCAUCGACUCCACCAACACGGUCACUCCCACUGCCUCCUUCAAACCCCUGGGGCUGGCCAAUGACACUGACCACUACUUUCUGCGCUAUGCUGUGCUGCCUCGGGAGGUGGUCUGCACUGAGAACCUCACCCCGUGGAAGAAGCUCUUGCCCUGUAGUUCCAAGGCAGGCCUCUCUGUGCUGCUGAAGGCAGAUCGCUUGUUCCACACCAGCUACCACUCCCAGGCAGUGCAUAUCCGCCCUGUUUGCAGAAAUGCACGCUGUACUAGCAUCUCCUGGGAGCUGAGACAGACCCUGUCAGUUGUAUUUGAUGCCUUCAUCACAGGGCAGGGGAAGAAAGACUGGUCCCUCUUCCGGAUGUUCUCCCGAACCCUCACGGAGCCUUGCCCCCUGGCUUCAGAGAGCAGAGUCUAUGUGGACAUCACCAACUACAACCAGGACAAUGAGACAUUGGAGGUGAACCCACCCCCAACCACUACAUACCAGGACGUCAUCCUGGGCACUCGGAAGACCUAUGCCAUCUAUGAUUUGCUUGACACCGCCAUGAUCAACAAUUCUCGAAACCUCAACAUCCAGCUCAAGUGGAAGAGACCCCCAGAGAACGAGAUCCCCCCAGUGCCCUUCCUCCAUGCCCAGCGAUACGUGAGCGGCUAUGGGCUGCAGAAGGGGGAGCUGAGCACACUGCUGUACAACACCCACCCAUACCGGGCCUUCCCGGUGCUGCUGCUGGACACCGUACCCUGGUAUCUGCGGCUGUAUGUGCACACCCUCACCAUCACCUCCAAGGGCAAGGACAACAAACCAAGUUACAUCCACUACCAGCCUGCCCAGGACCGGCUGCAACCCCACCUCCUGGAGAUGCUGAUUCAGCUGCCGGCCAACUCAGUCACCAAGGUUUCCAUCCAGUUUGAGCGGGCGCUGCUGAAGUGGACUGAGUAUACCCCAGACCCUAACCAUGGCUUCUACGUCAGCCCAUCUGUCCUCAGUGCCCUUGUGCCCAGCAUGGUAGCAGCCAAUCCAGUGGACUGGGAAGAGAGUCCCCUCUUCAACAGCCUGUUCCCAGUCUCCGAUGGCUCCAACUACUUCGUGCGACUCUACACGGAGCCGCUGCUGGUGAACCUGCCGACACCGGACUUCAGCAUGCCCUACAACGUGAUCUGCCUCACGUGCACUGUGGUGGCUGUGUGCUACGGCUCCUUCUACAAUCUCCUCACCCGGACCUUCCACAUCGAGGAGCCCCGCACGGGUGGCCUGGCCAAGCGGCUGGCAAACCUUAUCCGGCGCAUCCGAGGUGUCCCCCCACUCUGACUCUUGCCCUUUUCAGCAGCUGCGGCUGCUGUUUCUCUCUGGGGAGGGUUGGCAGUAGGCCCAAGGGCUCUUUCUGCCACUUGCUGUCCUCAGAAUUGGCUUUUGAACCAAAGUGCCCUGGACCGGAUCAGGGCUACAGCUGUGCUGUCCAGUACAGGAUCCACGAGCCAAAUGUGGCGUUUGAAUUUGAAUUAACUUAAAUUAGAAAUUGAUUUCCUCACCUGUGGUGGCCACCUCUAUAUUGAGGUGCUCAAUAACCAAAAGUGGUCAGUGGCUACUGUACUGGACAGCAGAGGAAAAGACUUCCAUCACUGCAGAAAGGUUUGUUGGCAUUUGUUGGCAGCACUGGCCAAGGUGAGGGGGUGUGCUGCACGGUGUGGUCACUGAGUGGUGGAGGGAUUUUACUGAUUGUGGAAUAAAAACGACGUUUUCUUGGUU